AUGGCUUGGAGGCCGGUCGAGAGGCCAACGGCGGUACUUAAGGGCAUGCCCAACCCGUCGGCCGGCUAUCCGAACAGACCGUCUUGAACGAUCGCCAGGUUUGCCGUUGUUUUUUGUUGAACUUUCGACCAACUUUUUACCACAUAUCAUUUAGUUAAGCUAUCCCGGAAAGUUCUCAUUUUUUUCUCGAAACUUGGGGAACAGGUAGAAAGUUCUGAAGCCUAGAAAAAGAUCUGAAGACCUUAGUUCCUUGUUUUUUUUUUCCUUUUUUUUCACGGUUUUCAGUAAACUAUAGUAAAGGAAGCUCAGACUCUCUUCUAGAAUAAAUCUCAAUAAAUUUUCCUUUCAUCAGUUCAACUUUUUAGCAAGUAAUUUUUUCAAAAAAGGAUCGUAUGAAAAUUUUGACUAUUCUUCCUUUUCUCAGAAGAGCUCUUCAGACAGUUCCAAAGUGUUUUUUUCUUCAGAAAACUUUGAAAUUUUCAUUUUUCACAAAAAUAUGUGUUUUCAUGAGCCGCUGGCCCGCAUAAGCUUGAAUCGGACCAGAGAAAAAAUCUCAAAAGUUUUUGGUUUUGCAGAAAACUUUUCAGACUGCUCAAUUUUUCCCUUGAGCGUAGCAAAAAUCGAGCUUCGCUCAGAAAACUCGAAAAAACAUGACUAGCUUCUCAAAACUUGAGAACAACUUGCCCUAUUGCAAAUUCUAGGAACUUUCAGGAAUAUCUAUUUUUUCAAAGUUUCUAGAGAUCACAAGCGUUUAUAAGACUUCCUGUUCAUCUGCUAGAGUUAGCCAAGAAGAAACAGAAAGAUUUGACCUGAAUCACCAACUUGAUUACUGCAGGAUGUCGGAGAAGGAAGUAGAAUGGAAGGAGCGGGAGAUCGUCAAGCUGCGGCAGGUGGCCUUCGUGGCCGUGGCCGUGACGGCCUUCGCGAUGGCGACUUCUGUCGUCGUCCUGCCGUUGCUCUUCAGCCACGCCAACAAGGUCCAGUCGGCCCUCGAGCACGAGCUCCACUUCUGCACCCUCAGGUCGCACGACCUCUGGGACGAGCUCACCAAGGUCAGUGGCUGGAAAAUUGGGUUUUUUUAUAGGAAAGGUUAGUGCAUUUUUCGACUUGAUUAUGUCUAGUUGUAGGCCUAUAAAGUUUCCUCAGUUUCUAAAAAUUCUAACAAGUUCACCUUGUUGGAAUGAUUCUAGUUAUUCAGACAGAGAGAUAAAAGGGGAUGUUCAUCUAAAUAGUUAGAUCUGAGGAGACCUGAAACAAUUGAAUAUGAAAUGGUAAAACGUAAAGAAUGAAGUUAUGAAAAAUUAAACCGGAAAAGAUUCAGAAAAUUCAGUUCUAAAAUUAUGACAAAAAACCUUCUGUGGGCCAAUUUUUGAAAACGAAACAUCAUUUUUUUGAAAAUCACUUAUGGACGACAUUUUUCUUGAAAUAUUCAACAAUGACUAAAUUGGGGCAUAAAGACGUAACUGAACUUCGGUCAAGGUAUACCUUUUUCAGAAGCCUUUGAUCAGUGACGUGUUAACGUCCGAUAAACAACCUUGACAACAAUUUUCGUCUAUCUCUCUUUUUGCAUUUGACCUGAGAAAAAAGGGGAAACCGUUUUUUUGCCGCUUGUUCCCACCCUAACGAGCAGACGACCUUGACAGGGAGAAAAAUAUAAAGUUGUAUCGAAAUUGUAGUUUCGCUCUGUAGAAACUAGCUGUGAAACGUUUUCACUCCUUAGGAAGAUUCUCUAUUAGUAAGGGUAAAAAAAAGCCAAAUACAUGAAAUUUCCAGGUUGAACAAGUCACAGGCCAGCAGAGCCGUGUCAAGCGUCAGUACAUGACCGGACCACCUCAGAACUUCGGAGGAUAUGGAGCUCAACAGGUAGGAAAAAAGCAAAAAAAAAAAAGAAAAAUUUGGUUCGAUAGGGCUACCAACAACAGCAAUUCCGACCUGCUUAUCAGCCACAGCAGCAAGUCUACCAACAGCCACAAGUUUAUCAUCAGCCUCAGCAGCAGGGUUAGUUUCAGGAGCUAAUUCUUGAAAAUAUGAUUAUCACUUAUUUUGGAAAAAAAAGUUGAGCAGGUCUAGUGAACUUCUAACAGUGCAUCCCAAUGCAUCCUACACAAUGAGAACCUGUCAUAAGGACUCAGAACAGAAAAAAAAACCUUUUCUCAUUCCAGUGUACCAGCAACGUCCAGUCUACCAGCAGCCACAGCACGUGCAGAACUUCCAGCAGACGUCCUUCCAGCAGACGUCCUACCAGCAGAGCUCCUCGGUCUGCGUCUUCGGCCCAGCUGGACCACCCGGCUUCCCCGGACCUGACGGACAGCCGGGUCGCGACGGCGAGCCAGGCAGUGACGGUCGUCCUGGCGGCGAUGCCGACGACAGCACCACCGGCGGCGCCGGCGAGUUCUGCUUCAGCUGCGCUCCAGCUCGACAAGGACCUCCUGGAGGACCCGGACCGAAGGGAGCACCCGGACAGCCCGGCCAGCCCGGAGAGUCCGCGAACGAGGACAACGUCGGAGCCCCCGGAGCGCCAGGACCACCAGGACCUCCAGGAGGCGACGGACAGCCAGGAGGACCCGGACAGGCCGGAGCGCCAGGACAAGUCAUCCAAGGACCUGGACCCGUCGGAGCUCCAGGCCCUGCAGGACCACCAGGACCAGCCGGACCACCUGGACAGCCUGGAUCUUCUGGAGUCGGAACUCCCGGACCGCAAGGACCACCCGGAGACGACGGAGCCCCAGGAGCCCCUGGACAGCCUGGAGGAGCUGGAGAAGACGGAAAAGACGGCGGCGAGGGAUCUCAAGGCCAAUGCGACCAUUGCCCGCCGCCAAGAGUCGCUCCCGGAUAUUAG